CUCCAGUUAAGGACUCUGGAAAGGACAGUGUCUUUUGUUCCAGUUCACAAUGGCUUGGCCUCAGCUGUUUUUCCUCCAUCCUGUCUCACUUUAUCAAGGGGCUGCCUUUCCUUUCGCAUUUCUGUUUAAUUAUCUCUGCAACGUGGAUUCGUUGUCCAUUCCUGCCAGGCACUUCUUUCUCCUGGCUGGCGGAGGCGUCCUGGCCUGGGCUGCCAUGGGUUCCUUUGCCGUGCUCGUCUUCAUCCCCGCUCUGUGCGCCGGGGUCCUGAUCUGCUCCCUCGGCCCGCGGGACGUCCACAGGUGUGCUUUCUCCUUUCAGAUGAGCUGGCAGACGCUGUGUCACCUGGGUCUGCACUACACUGAGUAUUACCUGCAGGAACCUCCUUCUGCGAGGUUCUGCAUCACUCUGUCUUCCCUCAUGCUCUUGACCCAGAGGGUCACGUCCCUCUCUCUGGACAUUCGUGAGGGGAAAGUGAAGGCAGCGUCUGGAGGCGUGGGGAGCAGCAGCUCUUGGUCUGAGCGUCUGCGUGAGGCGCUGCCCUAUUUCAGCUACUUGCUCUUUUUUCCUGCUCUCCUAGGAGGUCCUCUGUGCUCUUUCCAGAGAUUUCAGACUCGUGUUCAAGGGUCCAGCUCCUUGUGUCCCAGGCACUCUUUCGGGGCUCUGACCUGGAGGGGUCUGCAGAUUCUGGGACUAGAGUGCCUGGCGGAGGUCAUGAGGGGCGUGGUCAGUGCGGGAGCGGGACUGGCCGACUGCCGUGGGCUCCAGUGCGUCUAUGUCAUGUGGGCCACAGCGAGGCUCUUCAGACUCACCUACUACUCCCACUGGCUCCUGGAUGACUCCCUCCUCCGCGCAGCGGGCUUUGCGCCCGCGUUUGGCGAGAGCCCUGGAGAGGAGGGAUACGUCCCUGAUGCGGACAUGUGGACACUGGAAACAACCCACAGGAUAUCCCUGUUCACGAGAAAGUGGAACCAAAGCACAGCUCGGUGGCUCCGACGCCUCGUAUUCCAGCAAGUCAGGGCCUGGCCGCUGCUGCAGACGUUCGCCUUCUCCGCCUGGUGGCACGGCCUCCACCCGGGGCAGGUGUUCGGUUUCCUGUGCUGGGCGCUGAUGGUGGAAGCUGACUACCUGAUUCACUCCUUCGCCAGUGUGUUCGUUAGAUCCUGGCCGAUGCGUCUGCUCUACAGAACUCUGACCUGGGCCCACACCCAGCUCAUCAUCGCGUAUGUAACGCUGGCCAUGGAGGUCAGGAGCCUCUCCUCGCUCUGGUUGCUGUGUAAUUCUUGCAACAGUGUCUUUCCCAUGGUCUACUGUGUUUUGCUUUUUCUAUUGGCCAAGAGAAAGCAUAAGUCUGACUGACA